AUGAGCGCAUUAGCAGGAGUAACACCUUUACUGUUGCUCGUGAUCAUCGGUGGACUGUGAAUUUUUGUUGCUAACAAUCUGGAGUCUUGUCGAUUAAAAAUGUUUGUUAACUUAAAAAAACAAACACAAUUUCUCGAUCUUAAAAGAGUAAUUGGAGGAUAAAACACCCGACUUCAGCAAUUACUUAAUAAAUAGCACGUGUAUAAAGUUGGUCAUAUUGGCACUAAUAUUUUGUACACAGUCACGUACAGAUAGUACGCACCUGGUUAGGUUAGUGUUUGAUGUGAAUUACUCUGUCAGAAUUUGCUUUUGCAAAGCUUCGCCUCUGUGUAAAUUGACAUGAGAUUUAGAGGGAAUGAUGAACGUAGAUAGGUUUAGUUGUGAUUAAAAUUAUCCAGUUACAUCUUAAGAACUUGUUCAUUUGCUGCCCGAAAAUGUUGGAAAAACAGUCUUGUGAUCAAGAAGAUGCCAGUGAUUCUCAAAAUGAUAGCCAGGAGCUCAUAAUUUGUGAUGAUAAUAACGAGAUGAGUUCAACUAAUGCAGAAAUGGACACACCUGGAAAACAGAAACUUCGAAGCUGGUUAAAUAAAAAUUUAAAAAUUGAAAUGACAGAUGGCAGAAUAUUAAUAGGUAUCUUUCUCUGUACAGAUAGAGAUGGCAAUGUCAUUCUUGGUUCCUGUGGAGAAUAUUUAAAAAUGGAAGAUGGAGUUAAUUUUGAAGAACCAAGGGUAUUGGGACUGGUUAUGGUCCCUGGCCGACAUAUUGUAUCUAUAUACUUCGAUGAUGGGAUGAAUUUUAGUGGUGAUGUUAUGUAACUGAUUCAUUUGUUUUGUAUAAUUAUGUACAUAAUUUUCAAUCCAUAAUUUGAUAAUUUGUGUAAUUUGAUACUAAUAACACAAAUGACUAUAAAUGUAAUUGUUUAUUUUUGUUGAUAUCCCUUCCUAAUUAACCUUGAAACAUUUACAAACUCAUCUGAAUCUGUUCAGUCUUUGUUAUGUUUUAAGAGUAACUGAGAAUAAAUAAUAUUUUUCACAAUUUGCCACAACAUUAUGGUUUAUAAUUUUUAGUUGUGUGUGGAAGAAGUGUGUACAGUGGGCCAUUAAUUGAGCAUUUUGCCCACGUAUCCUAGUAGCCACAGAGUUACAUGUCCAUAGAGCAAAAGGGAAUGCGAAGAGAUUACAAUCGGUUCCUCACAGAUAAUGGUGUGUGUUCUGAACAGCUUUGUCAUAAAUCAACUGUAAAAAUACUUUUCAUUCUUGAUGUUUUAAUCUUCAAUUGUCAUUAGGACAAAGUUAGAAUAACCUUCAAUUCCUUGGACAGCAAAUUUGAGUAUUGCUAUUGUUAUUGAAGGUGUAAUGUAUUAUUCAUUGCUAGCAUGAAUUGGCAAUUUGAAUAAGACAGUAGAUUCCAGUGUAUUUGCUAAUUUACAUAGCAUACACUCAAUGUGCUAUUUUGUGAAGUAAAAUUGUAUUACAAAUUAUUUCUUGGUUCAUUAUUCUCUUGUAUAUUGAACUUCAUCAAGACUACCCAUAUGUGAAAAAGACUUUUGCUCUUCAAGAAACUUUAAAAACAAUAAAAUCAUUAUCAAUUACAUUUUUGUGAUUUUCAGUGUAUCGACAUCUAAGCUGUAUGCAAAUACACUGGGGAUCAGACUCAAUGAAGUAUGGGAGAAGAGCAAUGUGGAUUUCGAAAGAGAACAAGCUCUAAAAAUUCCAUCUUUAUAUUAAUGCUGUUUAUAGACAAAAGACACUCUUUUAAUAUUUAUUGAUUAUGAAAAGGUUUUUGACAAUGUAAACAGGCAGAAACUCGUGGAAAUACUUGAAGAGGAGAAAACCCCAAAUCUGUUACACAAGGCAAUCCAAAGUUUAUACACGAAAUUGAGAAAUAAAAUUCUGUUAAGGUAGGGAAGGAAGUCUGCAGCAGUAACAACCAUCAGUGGCUUAAGACAAGAAUGUGGAUUAUUGCCCAGAAAAGGCAAUAAGAUAGAUACAAUCUUGCACACAGAUGACCAAACAAAACUUAUCGUAAUGCAUUCCAAAGAUGAUUUGUAAAGUGGCCUAAAAAUACUCCAUGAAGAUGGCAAUCCAGCAAACAAAAGUUAUCACAAUACAUGUCGAAGAACAAAGGGCAGAUAAAAUUGUAAUAAAUGGAAAAUUAGUGGAAUUAGUAAAUACAUUCUCAUGUCUUGGAAAUAUAAUUGUGUUCAACCAAACCCAAGACAUGGAAAAAAAACUAAAUAAUUACAAUAGAAUUUCUGAAACAAUUAAGAGACACUUAGGUAUAGACAUGGAACUUGAGACAAAAUUUAAACUCCACAAUAGAGCGGCUAAACCUAGAAUCAAAUUCUGAGCAGAAGAGGCAUGCAUGGGAAGGCAAGAGGGAGUAGCUGCCCCCCCUCCAAUAUUGGGGGGAAAAAAGUGUGUGUCUGUAUAUUCAAUAAAUAAUAAUCAAUUAAAUAAAUAAAAUUUAAAAUGAUGGAUAUAACGUAAUUGCAGUACAAAUAACAAACGUAAAGCAUUAAUAUAAAAAAAUAUUUUCAAGUUUAUAAUAGCACACAAAUUCUGGGUAUGAGACAUAAUUAAUGAAAGAGGAAAAAGAAAAAUUAUAGACAGCACAUUGAGAUUCCUAAAACACCUAAUGAGACUCUCAAGUCUGAAGGAUAUUAGAAAGAAAUUUAGAACUAAAGGUAUAGUAGAGGAAAUAAAUUCUUCUCAAUGGAAAUGGAAGGAUCACUAGGUGAGACUUAAACAUAUACUUUAAAAACUCAUCUGGAAGUACAAACCUACAGGAAAGACCACAAAAGAAACAGCAGGAACACUUGAUAGCAAAAGUGUAUAAUGUAUAAUUAUAAAAUGUAUAUAAUAAAAAAAUAAUAAAAUUGUUUAUUAACAUUUGUGUUUCCAUGAAAAACAAUAC